AUGCGCGAGUCGGCAGAGACGGCAGAGACGGCAGAGAAGCCUAGAAGCCCAAGCAAGAAAAAGAUGGUGACAACGCGCCAGGAUCGAGUUCGACGAGACCUGGGAGUUCCCCGACUCGUUGAUAGCCUCGCAUCUUUCUCGGUAUUCCUCUUCACUCGCUCGAUCUGCGAUGUGAAUCAUUCCGGGGAAGAGGGUGUCGGGCAGCCUGGUCAUCUGCCGUUCACGGACUUGGCGGCAUACCAUGCAGCCUCAUUUUCGGUGUUUCCUCCCACCGCCAUUUACGGGAGGACCGAAACGUCUUCACCACCAAGGCGUCUUAUUUUCCUUGAUAUUUCUCGCCUAGAAGUCCACAGGAUGCCCGCCUCUAGGCCCUCCGCACAACACCUACCACGGGACUCGUGGCUGUCCAACCCAAUGUUCCUCCAACCCAGUAUCGAGCGAGACGAUGGGGAGAUUGAGGACCUCAACCUAUCCAACAUGGAGGAGGAUCCCCUCAUGUAUUUCCUGACCCCUGCACCUUACUCUUGUUCCGGCGACGACGGCAUGGACUUCGAUAUGGAGUUUGAUGCCGGGAUCGAGGACGCCAAACACCCAGCUCCCAUCGUCAGGAGCGUGAGCCCAUCAAGCCUAGAGGGGCUCAGCCGGCCGCCUCCACGGCCCCCGACACCGCCACGGUCACCAGCCACCCCCGACCUCGACUACGACCUGUCCGGCACACCGGACGAGUACGAACAGUACGAUUACAUGGAGAGCUCCUGGCCACCACGUCGCGGCAGCUCUAUGAGCCUACCCCGCCGCCUCAAGGACAAAUUCAAGGUCCACUACCCAAAACAGGAUGUCGGCUACCCAGACAGCCUAGCCCCACCGCCGCCGCCGUCGCCGCACUCGCCCCGCACAUCAAGCCGGGGCCGUGCGACGUCCCGUGCGGCGGGCGGCGGCCCGCAGCAGCAGCCCGGCAGCAGACGGACCCGCGCCGCGCCGGCCCGCCUCUCACCGCACGCGUGGCGCGAGCCGAGCCCGGACGUCUGGGCCAUCGAGGAGGAGCCCGAGGCCGAACUAUACACUGAGGGAGGGGAUGGCAGUUUUCUGGGGAGUGGGCCGGUGGAUAUCCCGGCGGCGAACAAGCCGAAGGUGAGGUUUGUGUUGCCGGCGGCGGUGGUGGCGGUGAAUGUUGGGGAUGUUGGGGGUGCUGUGGAUGGUCGUGGGGCCACGUAUUAA